AGGGUAAAUUAAUUGUACGAUGUGAGAGGCAGGAGUGCAACGAACUCAGUUCCGGUUCCCCCCGGAGUAGUUACCAGAAGCCCCCGAGUUCAGAGCGCGAGGCAGCGAAGAAAGCGAAAAGGAGGAACAUCGAAAUCGAUUAGGGAAUACAGGCUGAUAGAGCAAGGGAAGAAGAGGGACGCACACUAAGACAUCGUCCAUGGCCGAUCCCUACUACAGCAGAUACGGCACUCCCCCAGACCCAGCAAGCAUUCCAAGGAGUAGCUUUGCUGGUUAUAUGCCAUCUGAAGCACCAUCAUUGGCUUCUCCUCAUGUAUCGAGCUUGACAGAUUUUCAGGGCAUCGGAUCAGAUUACCUACAUGGAGAUACAAACUCGUUUCACACUGGUUCAUAUGGUAUUGAUAAUGGUGUGGGAGAUCACACAAAGGGCUAUGCAUCUCAUGAAUAUUCUGAUCUAAUAAGGAAAAAACGAGAUCUCUCACAAGGGAUCAGCCCAGGAGAUCCUGAUAUAACUAAUGGAAGAUCAGCAUUAAAAAGUACAUACAAUGCUCUCCCAAAUUCAGCAGGGGAUUCAAACAUUAUAUUUGUUGGGGGACUUCCGAGUGACUGUACUAGAAGGGAAGUUGGCCAUCUUUUCCGCCCCUUUAUUGGCUAUAAGGAUAUCCGAGUUGUUCACAAGGAACCCAGACGUAGUGGAGACAAGGCUUCCGUUUUGUGCUUUGUAGAGUUCACUGAUUCCAAAUGUGCUCUCACUGCUAUGGAGGCUCUGCAAGGCUACAAGUUUGAUGAUAAAAAACCUGAAUCGCAGACCUUAAGAAUCCAAUUUGUUCACUUUCCUUUCCGUCCACCCCCUGAUCAAGAUAAUUAGCCCCAAAGCAACCGCUGAUCCUCGGUAUUCUAGCUUUAUGGUUGGGCAUCAAGUGCAUUGCAGAUGCACUUGUAGUGACUUGCCACUUGACGUGCCUAGUUGUGAACCCCCUUGGCUUGACUGAUGUAACUGUCAUAAUCUAAUGUCAUCUCUUUACAUCCUAACGUUCUUUUGGCACAUUCUUAAUGGAGUUGGGGGAACAUAGCUAAAAGGCCAUGCUAAUUUUCUUUCCUUCCA